CUGCUUUCUUAUAAAUUAAUAAAGCAUAAAUUAAAUACUGGGUACGCAAAAGUUGUUAGGAUUGAUGGAGAAUCGGCGGCGGAUAGGGAUGAUGACGGCGGCAGUGGCGGUGGUGGCCGCCGUGUUGGGCUGGGCCGCCGCCGGGCAGCAAUUCGACGCCAUGUUUGUGUUCGGAGAUUCGUUGGUGGACGCCGGGAACAAUAACUACCUGGUCGAUUCCUUGGCGAAAGCUAAUUAUGUGCCAUAUGGUCUCGAUUUCCGAGGCCCCACCGGCAGUUUCUCUAACGGCAAAACCAUCGUUGAUUUUCUUGGGGAUUUGUUAGAGCUUCCUGUUCUUCCAGCCUAUGCAGAUCCAUCUGCAACAGGAAAAAAUGUUCUUAAAGGAAUAAAUUACGCUUCUGCUGCAGCCGGAAUCCUUAAUGAGACUGGCCGAACUUUUGGUGAUAGAUUUACCUUCUCCCAGCAAAUUGAAAAUUUUCAGAUGACUUUGAAAUAUCAAUUACAAAAAGAGAUGAGGGAGGAAGAACUCAUUGGUUAUUUGAACAAGUCCUUAGUUGUUAUCUCCAUUGGCAGCAAUGACUACGUUAAUAAUUAUCUUCUUCCAUCCCUUUACUCCACUAGCUACACUUACAAUCCCACAAACUUUGCUGAUCUUCUUAUCGAACACUUCUCCAAGCAACUCACAGUACUGCAUGGCUUAGGCCUUCGAAAGUUCCUUCUGGGUGGCAUUGGACCGCUGGGUUGCAUUCCGAACCAGUUGGCCACUCAGGCAGCCCCACAAGGGCAAUGCGUGUCGCAUGUAAACGACAUGGUGGAACUCUUCAAUUCCCGAUUGAGGGAUCUCAUUGACCAACUCAAUCGAGAUUUAGUCCCCUCGGUCUUCGUUUACGGAAACACUUUCCUUGCGUUUAGCAACAUAAUCACAAACGCAUCUACAUAUGGAUUUGUGGUGAAAGACCAAGGAUGUUGUGGGAUUUCAAAGCUACAAAUAACUUGUCUUCCAUUUUCUGUCCCAUGUCCAGACAGGACAAAGUAUAUUUUCUGGGAUUCUUUUCAUCCAACACAAGCGGUUAACCAGAUUCUUGCUGAGAAUGCAUAUUCAGGGCCACCUUCUCUUUGUUAUCCCAUGAAUGUUCAAGAGUUGGCACAACAAUGAGUCCGACUUUAUGCCAAAUGAUUGGUACCCAAUGUUCAAAAAAUAAAAAUCAUAAAAUAAUAUCAACUUUCUCGUUAUGGAUGACAACCAUUUUGUAAAUAUAUACGUACACAUGAUAUAACUGUACUUGAACUCAAUG